CUAAUAUUGUAUAGGCAACUGAAUUAAAAUGGACAAAACUGUUUAAAUAUUAGAUAAGUGUUAAUUUCCUUGUAAUGUAUCAUGACUUACUUAAGGUUUUAUCAUGCUAUAAUUAAGUGGGAGGACACGAUUACGAUUAUUAACUAAUACAACCGGAUCUCAUUUCAACUUUCUUAAUUUACUUCUUAUUUUGCAUAGAUGUCAGUAUUAUAAUAUGAUAUGGAUAAAAUCAUGUUGUAUAUUCUUUUUCUAUUCCAUGGAUUUAUUUUCGGAGGUGCAAAGACAGAUCUAACAGAUUGUUAUUACGGGCCAAAAUAUGAAGUCUGUGUGUGUAGUGAUGUACCGAUUAAUCCUCCGUAUGGCUCUAUUGAGCUUGUGGAUCGGACACGAGGAACGUAUAAAUGUGAUAAAGGCUACGCUUUAAAAGUCUAUGCAGUAAUUCGAUGUCUUAAGGGAGGAAAACACAGAUCAAAUUAUUGGAAUGCAUCUGAAAGUGCUUGUGCAGCUAUAGAAAUAUUCAGUUCAGUCAAAACAGAACCAUCUUCUAUAAAGACAUCAAAAACAACACCAUCCAGGCAGCCUUUAAUGACUUCAACUGUAAUUGCUACUUCAAUUUCAGUCACUGGAGAAACAGACUUAGAUGUCGACAAUGAAAGACCUGUAUACGUAUGGUACAUUGUAGGAGCAACCGUAGUCUGCAUUUUAGGCAUUAUACUUGUUGUUGCUACAGUUCUAAUUGUACGCCGUCGAAGAAGACUUGCCACAAAACAAAAACCAGAUCGCAAUGAUGAUACUCCUGAACAAGAUCCAGAAUAUACUGUACUAGACAUCACAGAGGCUAAAUCUAAUCCGUACUCAGCACUAAGUAAGAUCUCAAACAGAUAUGCCAGGGACAAAAUUGAUUCAAUGAAUAUUGAUGCAACUUACUUAACGCCAUGUGCCUUUACAAAUCCGGAUGUUUCUAACAUAUAUAUUAGUAUUGAUGCUUAAGAUAUUCUUGGAAGAUUGAAAUGCAAAUAUCUAUUGAAUAUAUUUAAUGUGUCAAAUACUCCGUAGCACAUUGUUAGUUACGCUGAACUUUGUAAAUAUCUGAAAUGUACAUUGAUAGAAGGAUAAUUAUUUUUUGAUAGUAAAUGUGAACUAAUUAAAAUAUACAUAUUGAGAAAAGCAGUGAUACAAGUGACAGACUUCUUUCUAAAAUCAAAGGGCUGCAAGCUCUGUAGUAUUUUCUGAUCUUUGCAAUUUAAAUCGUACUGAAUAUCUGUAUGUAUUUUCCUUUAUAUGUUUAUUUUUAUAUACUAUAAUUCAUCUUGCAUGGCACCAAGAUGCAGCGACUGCGUUUAGAUCUUUUUACUAUAAUAGUUUGAGUUUGAUACAUACGGAAUUUUUCAUGACUAGAGUUGCAUCGUUCAUUUUUUUAUGACAGCCGCGCUUUAUCCUUGUAUGUCGAUGCUACUUCUUAAAAUAAUAUAUAUAAAAAAUUGUUGCCUCGACUGGGAUUUGAACGUCAGACCUCUCACACCCUAAAGGAGCGCAAUACCCCUGCACCACGGGGAAGUUAUACGAGGAAAGCCUGAAUAAAAUUAAAUAAUUCUAAAUUUAAAAAUUCCAUUGAGGGUUUGUAAUCCUUAUUAAUUUCUAGGUAUUUUGUUCAUGAUAAACCUAUUGUUUAAAACUGAUGUAAGUAAUUUAGAGAAAAACUUCUCGCCAAAACAGCUCGAUUUAUUUGUGUAAUACGGUAAUCGACAUCGUUAAAAAUGGCAUUUUGUUGAUUUGGAUUAAAUUUUCGGGUGUAGAAAUUGAUUAUCGAUCGUCGACUCCCCUAAAUUUGUCCCUGUCCUAAAGUCAACAUAACAUCCUUACUUUAUUUUUCAGAAAGUCUAAAUACCAACCGUCUAUUUAGGAGGAGUUUAAUUCCGAUCACAUUAAUCCGAAGCUUUACGGAAAUAGUCGAGCAAUUUUAAUUGAUUAAAAUGAUAUUAUCCGCGUAAUUUGUGGUUGUGCAUUUAUUAUUAUUUAUCUAUAAGCCAACGCUACUUUUAAACUUUGAAUGCGUUGUAAUGUGUUGGAUACUUGUAACAAAAUCAAAAUAUUUCCUUCUUUUACAACGCUAGUUUUAAGCUGUUUUGAGCACUACUUGUUGUUAGGUUUGUCGUGAAGCGCUGU